GCUUUGACUCUCUCUCUCUUCUUCUCUCCUUGUCCUCUCUCUCCUUCUUAACCACCCAACGGCUCUUCACUUCAUUCACUUCCCAUUCUCUCUCUCUCUCUCUCUCUCCGCCGCUGGAGAAUCACUGGCAAUGAAGCUCUCGUCCAGUAGAACAAUGGAGCUCCGCCUAGGGUUUCGAGAGACGGUGUCUCUGAUUCAGGUAUUAACGAUUGUAUUAACGGCCAGUGCAGAAAGGUCUGAUACACGGUUCCUUUUGACGUCAAACUCAUCUUGGGGGAAAAUACAUGCUGAAGACUAUUGUGCGAUGUAUGACAUUUGUGGAGCACGAAGUGAUGGGAAAGUACUGAAUUGCCCUUAUGGGUCCCCAUCUGUGAAGCCAGAUGACCUAUUAUCAUCGAAGAUUCAAAGUUUGUGUCCAACAAUUACUGGCAAUAUAUGUUGUACAGAGACCCAAUUUGACACAUUGAGGUCACAAGUCCAACAAGCGGUUCCUUUUCUUGUAGGUUGUCCGGCGUGCUUGAGAAAUUUUUUGAACUUCUUCUGUGAGCUCUCCUGCUCUCCUAAUCAGAGUCUUUUCAUCAAUGUGACUUCUGUUUCCAAGGUUAAUGGAAAUUUGACCGUGGAUGGGAUUCAAUAUUAUAUAACUGACAAUUUUGGUGAAGGCAUGUAUGAAUCAUGUGCGGAAGUGAAGUUUGGUACUAUGAACACUCUAGCAAUGGAAUUUAUUGGUGCUGGUGCCACAAAUUUUACAGAAUGGUUUGCUUUUAUCGGUACACGAGCAAGCCUUAGCGUGCCAGGUUCACCAUAUGCAAUUGAUUUCGAGCCAACUGCUCCUGUGUCAUCUGGAAUGAUACCUAUGAACUUGACUACUUAUUCGUGUGGGGAUACUUCACUAGGGUGUUCCUGUGGUGAUUGCCCUUCAUCCCCUGUUUGCUCUAGUUCAGCUCCUCCUUCCCCUGACAAAAAAGGUUCUUGCUCUGUGAGAAUGGGGUCUCUUAAGGUAAAAUGUGUCGACUUUGUUGUGGCAAUUCUGUACAUCAUAUUGGUUUCUGCGUUUCUCGGAUGGUCUUUGUUUCUUCAUCGAAAGGAGAAGAGGGGCCCGGCUUAUCACACUAGACCUUUGAUGAAUGUUACAAGUGUUCAAGAAACCCACUCUGUCAAUCAGCAAAAACGAGAGAAUCCUUCCAUUCAGUUCAUCGAAGACAAUUCUCAAACUUCAAAUGUGGUUCAACUUUCUGUUGUGCAAGGAUGCAUGUCCAAAUUGUUCAGGAGAUAUGGAACAAUGGUUGCUAGGAAUCCAAUCCUUGUGUUAUGUUUGUCAGUGGCUGUUGUUCUUCUGCUUUGUCUAGGUUUAAUCCAUUUUAAAGUUGAGACACAACCUGAGAAGCUAUGGGUAGGACCUGGGAGUAAAGCUGCAGAAGAGAAAUCGUUUUUUGACAGCCAUCUAGCCCCCUUUUACCGAAUUGAGCAGCUCAUAAUUGGAACAACUCCAGAUGUGAUGCAUAGCAACUCAUCUAGUAUUUUGACACAGGACAACAUCAACUUACUUUUCGAAAUACAAAAGAAGGUGGAUGGAAUUCAAGCAAAUUACUCAGGCUCAUUGAUAUCUCUGAGUGACAUUUGUAUGAAGCCUCUUGGCCAAGAUUGUGCCACUCAAAGUGUUCUACAGUAUUUCAAAAUGGAUCCCAACAAUUACGAUAACUAUGGGGGUGUUGAACAUGUUGACUACUGUUUUCAGCACUAUACUACAGCCGAAACAUGUUUGAGUGCAUUUCAAGCCCCCCUUGAUCCAAGCACAGCGUUAGGUGGUUUCUCGGGCAAUAACUAUUCCGAGGCUUCUGCAUUUAUUAUAACAUAUCCUGUGAACAAUGAUGUUGAUAGCGAAAGCAACGUGAGUAUGAGAGCAGUAGCUUGGGAAAGGGCCUUUAUUCAGUUGGCAAAGGAGGAACUUUUGCCAAUGGUGCAGUCCAAAAAUUUAACACUUGCCUUCUCAUCUGAAAGCUCCAUUGAGGAUGAAUUGAAAAGAGAAAGUACUGCCGAUGCUAUAACGAUUUCAAUAAGCUAUCUUGUGAUGUUUGCUUACAUAUCCUUGACUUUGGGCGAUACACCUCGCCUCUCUUCAUUUUAUAUUUCAUCUAAGGUAUUGCUUGGCCUUUCAGGAGUUGUGCUGGUCAUGCUCUCAGUUCUUGGAUCAGUUGGAUUUUUCAGUGCUGUUGGAAUAAAAUCUACCCUUAUCAUUAUGGAAGUCAUCCCUUUUCUUGUUUUGGCGGUCGGGGUAGAUAAUAUGUGUAUACUGGUGCAUGCUGUGAAGCGGCAGCCAUUGGAAUUGCCUUUAGAAGGACGGAUAAGCAAUGCACUUGUAGAAGUUGGACCUUCCAUAACACUUGCUAGUCUCUCCGAGGUUUUAGCAUUUGCAGUUGGAAGUUUUAUUCCCAUGCCAGCAUGCCGUGUAUUUUCUGUGUUUGCAGCCCUGGCGGUUCUCUUGGACUUCCUUCUGCAGAUCACUGCCUUCGUUGCCUUGAUUGUUCUUGAUUUCAUGAGAGCUGAGGAUAACAGGAUUGAUUGUUUCCCUUGUGUAAAAAUUUCUGGACCAUUUAUGGAACCAAAUGAAGGCCCUAGUCAAAGAAAACCUGGAUUUCUGGCUCGGUAUAUGAAGGAGGUUCAUGCACCUAUUCUGGGUAUUUGGUGGGUCAAAGCCAUUGUCAUUUCUGUCUUUGCAGCUUUUGCAUUGGCUAGCAUUGCUUUGUGUACAAGGAUUGAACCUGGUUUGGAACAACAGAUUGUUCUUCCCCGAGACUCCUACCUUCAGGGUUAUUUCAACAACGUUUCAGAGUAUCUCAGAAUUGGUCCGCCGCUAUAUUUUGUUGUGAAAAACUACAAUUAUAGCUCAGAAUCAACACAAACCAACCAGUUGUGCUCUAUUAGCCAAUGUGAUUCUGACUCUCUUUUAAAUGAGAUUUCAAGGGCAUCUUUAAUUCCAGAGUCGAGUUACAUUUCUAAACCUGCUGCUUCAUGGCUUGAUGAUUUUCUUGUGUGGCUAUCUCCAGAAGCUUUUGGUUGCUGUAGGAAGUUCACAAAUGGAAGUUAUUGUCCCCCUGAUGAUCAGCCUCCUUGUUGUUCAUCCAGUGAUGGUUCUUGUGGCAUUGUUGGAGUAUGCCAAGAUUGCACCACGUGUUUCCUUCGCUCAGAUUUGACCAAUGAUCGUCCAUCUACGGCUCAAUUUAUGGAGAAGCUUCCAUGGUUCUUGGAUGCAUUACCUUCUAAUGACUGUGCAAAAGGUGGCCAUGGGGCUUAUACAGAGAGCGUGGAACUCCAAGGUAAGGGAGGGUAUGAGGAUGGUGUGAUUCAAGCAUCCUCUUUCCGUACAUAUCACACACCCCUCAACAAGCAAGUUGACUAUGUCAAUUCGAUGAGGGCUGCACUAGAGUUCAGUUCGAGGGUUUCUAGUUCUUUAAAGUUGGAAAUCUUCCCCUACUCAGUUUUCUAUGUAUAUUUUGAGCAAUACCUUGACAUAUGGAGGACAGCUUUGAUCAACCUUGGUAUAGCUAUUGGCGCAGUAUUUGUUGUUUGCUUGAUUAUUACAUGGAGUUUAUGGAGCUCAGCAAUCAUCUUACUCGUUCUGGCGAUGAUUGUUGUGGAUAUGAUGGGUGUGAUGGCAAUUCUGAAUAUCCAACUGAAUGCAGUGUCUGUUGUUAACCUUGUAAUGUCAGUGGGCAUUGCUGUUGAGUUCUGCGUGCAUAUAACACAUGCUUUCUCGGUAAGCAGUGGAGAUAGAAAUCAUCGCACAAAGGAGGCUUUGGGUACAAUGGGUGCUUCUGUCUUCAGUGGAAUUACGCUCACAAAGCUAGUUGGGGUGAUUGUUCUUAGUUUCUCGAGGACCGAAGUUUUUGUGGUUUAUUACUUCCAAAUGUUCCUGGCAUUGGUUCUUCUUGGUUUCUUGCAUGGACUAGUAUUUUUACCGGUAUUAUUGAGCAUGGUCGGCCCGCCUUCGAGGAGUCUAGUCAUCCAGAAGCAAGAUCAGCCCGUUGUUUCACCUGAUCGAUAAGAAGAUUUGGUGCCUCAUAGGAGCUCCGAUUUGUGGGGUUAUAGUUUAGCUGUUUUUAUGCUAAAUUUGAAUGUAAAAUCAAGGAAAGAGAACAAUGGAUUAGCAUUAUAGUUUGGAAAGUGGUACUAGUUUGAAAAGAAGAAAACAGCGCAUACGUUUAUCCGGCUUCAUGAAAAUGCAAAAUCCAACACAACCGAUGGGAAAACUCAUUGGACAA